AUGGGUUCUGUGGUGUUGCUAGUAGUAGCUGUAGUGCUGCUGCUGGUUGCUGUGGUGUUGCUGCUGGUUGCUGCGGUGCCGCUGGUGGUUGCUGUGGUGCUACUGGCAGUGGUGUUGUUGUUGGGUGCUGCGGUGCUGCUGGCUGUGGUGUUGCUGAUGGGUGCUGUGGUGUUGCUGAUGGGUGCUGUGGUGUUGCUGAUGGGUGCUGUGGUGUUGCUGAUGGGUGCUGUGUUGUUGCUGCUGGUUGCUGCGGUGCCGCUGGUGGUUGCUGCGGUGCUGCUGGCUGUGUUGUUGCUGCUGGGUGCUGUGUUGUUGCUGAUGGGUGCUGUGGUGUUGCUGAUGGGUGCUGUGGUGUUGCUGCUGGUUGCUGCGGUGCCGCUGGUGGUUGCUGCGGUGCUGCUGGCUGUGUUGUUGCUGCUGGGUGCUGUGUUGUUGCUGAUGGGUGCUGUGGUGUUGCUGAUGGGUGCUGUGGUGUUGCUGCUGGUUGCUGCGGUGCCGCUGGUGCUUGCUGCGGUGCCGCUGGUGCUUGCUGCGGUGCCGCUGGUGCUUCCUGCAGUGCCGCUGGUGGGUGUCGUGGGAUUGUUGGAGACAGUGUUGGGGGUGCUGCUGGCAGGUGCGGUGGUGUCGGCGGCAGCAACGGCACAGCCGGCUGACAGCACUGCCCUGUCAAGGGGGGUGGAUCUGCGCAGGGGGAGGGCGACAAGAGAGCAAGUUGUGACACGUCUCAAAACUCAUGGGGGUCGGACCUGCAAACGGGAAGGGCGACAAGAGUGCAAGGCCGUUGGCCAGUGA